GCUGUGACGCUUGGAGGCUGCUUCGCGCAAGACCCCCAAACUCACCACUCGCCGGCCUCGAGCUUGUCGAGCGCGUCGCAUCUUUCGCCCUCCAGAUCCCUCUCUCCUUCAUUCUGCUCCGCCCCCCGCGGAGCACCGCCGUCUAUCAUGGCACCGCCCAUGUCGAGCCUGCGAAAGACGUCCAACAUCAUGACCGAACCCAGCCCGAACCCACACUACCUCAAUCACAAUGGCGUCCCACCACCGCGACGCAGCACCGCCGGCCGCGCGAUUCGCACCAAUACCACGAGACCUACCAACUACUAUGCUCGCCCAUUCGGCUCCAUGACCGCUGGUAUCGACCCAGACGCGAACAUGGCCGACCAGUCCUCGCAGCCCGCCGGUUUCUUUCCAGCGUUGACCUUUUUCACUGACGCCAUCACCGCUCUGCCGAAAGAGGUCAUGAAGCAUUACACGCUCAUGAAAGAAGUGGAAGCCAAAAUAUACAAUCCUACUGAUCAGCUGGGUGAUUUGAUAGAUACUCUCAUGGAGCAGCCAGUGCCCACGCGCAAGCAGACCGCGAGUGCUGGAGCUCAGGUGGGCACAGCACAAGGCCUGCUCAGCUUGACCGCCAACAACAGCACGAGUGGUAGCGCCGCAGCGAGCCUCGUGAAUGGCAUCGGUGGGCGACAUAGCGCGCAGCCCUCCAUGGCCGGUUCCUUGGAUGGUGCCGAGGCACCUGAUAGCGAAGAGGAGCUCAAGCGCAGACAUCAAUACCAAGAGCUUCGCAUGCUCACGCACUCGAUGCUCGGCAACCUAGACGAGAAGAUUGUCGUGCUCAAUGAGGUGAAUCGCGUCCUGGCAGCACAGAGCAUGCGCAUUGAUUCGGUUAUGCCUCACAUUGAGGGCGAGAUCAGCGAAGAGGCGCGGUUGGGCAGCAUGACCCAUUGGGCAUAUAGCGAGAAUCGACAGAAGACGAAAGCAGCUGCGACUGGCGCGAACAGGCCUCGAGACGUGGCCGCGACAAACAACCUCGCGGCAGCGGCGGCAGUCAUGCACGAGGUGGAAAUCGCCCAAGCGAGGAACGAUGCUCAGAGAGAAGCAGCCGGUGCUGGUCGCGGAAAAGGCAAAGGCAAGAGAGUCGUGGAGGCUGCUGGCGAUUCUGACUUUGACGAUUCGGCGAAGCCUCGAAAAGCGCCAAAGGUUGGCAAAGGAAAAGGAACAACAGCUGCGAAUAUCACUGGAUUGGGCAUCUCUACCAACGGCGAGCCUGCGCCUGUUAAGAGGAGGAAGAAUGCGGAUAAGGCUGCUGUUGUGGCGCCUGGCAUGGAACGGCAACCCUCAACCCAGAAGGGCGCGAAGGGCAAAGACACGCCGCGAAGCACGCCCGCGAUCGACCCUACGGCAGCAAAGGCGAAGGCAACGAAGGCGAAACCUGGUCCGCCCAAGGGCAAGAAGGGCAUGCCGGGUUCUGCUCACAACAGUCCAAUGUUGGCUAGCAGUCCACUUGCCUCCUCUUUCAACCCAGCAACCAUGGAAGCACCUCCCGGCCCACGACCACAGAGUUCCAGACUUCGACAGAACAGCACUGCAACCAAUCUUCGUCAUGAGAGAGUCCAGGACGAUGAAAGCGCGGCGAGUCGGCCCGCAUCGGCUGCCGGCAAAGCGAACGGUAAUGGCAAUGCAGAGAAGGUCAAUGGCAGGAGAAAGGCACACGAAACGACAGAAGAGCACGAUGAUAACACCGGCGAUGAGCAAGCUUCAGUUCGCGCGCGUCUCACUCAUGAGGUCAGCCAGAAGCUCAAACGUGAAGAAGCAGAUAAUGGAGACACCACAGGCAGUGGAAAUGAGCGUGGACGGCCAACAAACUCGCGCUCUGGUAGUGACCGAGGUAAGAACAGCGGUCGAGGCUCCAAAGUCGGGACGCCGAAAACGGAGGCGUUCCCCAGUAUUGGGUCAGCGGCUGUGGCGCGUGUCCGGAGCACGAGGCAUUCGAGGCAUGGAGAUCGAGACUCCAGUUCUUCUGAGCCACAGAUGCAAGGAACGAGCAUACCGAAGCAUAAAAGGAACGCCAGUAACAGUCAUCUUGUCAAGCAGCUGGCACCGUUCAACAAGUCGCCAAACCUUGACCGGCACAGGUUAGACGAUGAUGACGACGAGGAAGAAGACGAAAAUGGAGACGUAGCCCGGCCGAAUGAGGGUGCCAAUGCUGAAGAUGAGGCUGAAGCGGAGGCAAGAAGAGCAACGCGAAGAUCGACAACUAGGAGGCCGAUUUCACGACGCAAUACUGCCAACUCGGGCACUCUCAUGAUGUCGCCAGCGGCUAUGAAAGACUCUCGAGAAAGUUCACCUGGUGCUUCCCCGCCACCAACAAGCGCGCGGCUGUCAACUAGGUCAUCCGGCCGCAACGAUCAUACUCGCAGCGAGAACAGCUACAGUGCUGCGGCCGCGCGCAUGGACGAGCCUCCUGCACUGGAAGACGAUGACAGCGACGAUGAAGACGAGGUUCCAGCCGAGCCUGAAGAAGACCUGGACGACGAUGCUGCUCGAGACGCUGAUCAAGAAGGCGAUGAUAGCGAGCACGAUCCGGAUGAUCCCAACGAACAGAAAUAUUGCUACUGCAAUCGCGGGUCAUAUGGCGAGAUGGUGGCCUGUGACAAUGACAAUUGCGCAAAAGAAUGGUUUCACCUGGGUUGUACAGAAUUGCGAGAAACUCCUGCAGAGGAUGACAGCUGGUUCUGUCGAGAUUGUCGUCCGAGACCCGGCAGAGCAAGAGGAGGCCGUGGCGGAAGGGGUGGGCGAGGUGCCGGAUCUUAGAGAGGCCGUGCUGGAUCCAGAGCUCGCCGUCGCGCUCGGUGAUGUGCUGUUGCUUGUAGAUAAGACGAGAGAUGUGAAGAUCGGAUGAGACUUUAGCAUGGCAGCCUAACGAGAAGAAGAGUAGAAUAGAUAUCCAUAUGACAAGCUCAAGCUCAGCUCAGUAUUGGCAAUGGCG